AGCAACUGAGCAGAGUCUCAUCAUGAAGAAGAAAUACAGGUUCCCAUUCCAAUCUUACCUAGAAUAGGAAUUUCCACUUUGUGCAAAUCAGCUGCAGGACUGACUGUGAGAUGUAAUAUAUAUAAAGCUGGCAAUGUGUGCUUACAUCAGAUGAUAACUUUCAAGAGGUUGAAAGAACUUCCUGCCUGUGAAUUUUUAAGCAGCCAGGAAUAUGGUGGAAGCAGUACUGAUUGAUCUGUUCAGCCUGCCAGCCAACUUACACAGUGACAUUCAAGGAGUACUGCAUAACACCCUGGAAACUAUUGAGAAGUGCUCUUCCACUCCUGCUCCAUUUGUGUAUGUCAUGUGCUGCCAGAUGCCAGAGAGUGAAAGGAAAGGUGAACAAGAAUCCUUGUUUCCAGCUCUGAGAGAUUUCCAGAGUAUGAAGGAAGGACUUGAGGUGGUAUGUGCUCAGACUACAGCUGCUGUGUUGUACACCAUCAAACAAAUACUUGAUGAAAAGGACUUAAGCAUCAUUAAAGUUAUUCUCCCCACCCUAAGGAAAGAAUCAGUGAAAGUAUAUAUAGACCAUCUCUUUACUGCAGUCUACCAGUUUGAAUUUGAGGAUUUAAACGUGGCAACUGAUUGUAAUAACCUGCAGACGAUUGGACCAAAGAGUGAAGAGCAAACAGUUUCUACACAGGAUGUGGCACUCAUCCGAAGUGAGAUUCAGAUGCACUUGGAAAGCCUGCCAAGCCUGAAAGGGGAGCUCACCAUCCUCAAAUCUUCCCUAAUUCCAGAUGACAUCUUCCUACAUGGAUUCACCACAAGGACAGGUGGGAUCUCCUACAUACCAACUCUAAGCUCCUGCAAUCUUUUCAGCAGUUCUAAGCGGAGGGAUCCACAAGCUGUUGUUAAAGAAAACCUCCGCAGGCUUGCUAAUGCUGCGGGAUUUAAUCCAGAGAACUUUCACAGAGUCAAGACUGAUCAUGCUAACGCUGUGUAUGUAAUGGGAAAGACAGAGCCUGACAGCUAUGAUGGAAUAGUUACAAAUCAGAAAGGUGUUACAAUAGCAGCUCCAGGGGCUGAUUGCAUACCAUUGCUGUUUGCUGAUCCUGUCAGAAAAGUCUGUGGUGCUGCUCAUUCUGGAUGGAAAGGCACACUGUUAGGAGUUUCCAUGGCCACAGUAAACGCUAUGGUAUCUGAAUACAGAUGUAAUGUGAAAGAUAUCCUUGUGGUCCUGGGUCCAUCUGUAGGACCUUGCUGCUAUAAACUUCCUCGUGAAUCAGCUGAAGAGUUUCACAGAAUUGAUCCAAAGUGUGUGCGACAGUUUGACUCUGCAGCUCCAUAUGUUGAUAUUAGAAGAGCAACACGGAUUCUUCUGGAGAGUGGUGGCAUUCUUCCUGAGAACAUCCAAGAUGAUUCUGUCACAGACCAGAACCAAAACAUCACUUUCUGUACUGCAUGCCACCCUGAUAAAUUUUAUUCUCACUUUCGUGAUGGCACUAACUUUGGUACACAGAUUGGUUUCAUAUCAAUCAAAGACUGACAGAGUACCCCAUAAUAUGAAGUAUUAUUUAGACAGUAAGUCUGGUUGCCUUGUGCUCUCCUCACAGAAUUUCUUCCUUCUUUGUUUCAUGAACUUGCAAUGGGAAGUACAAAGCACUUGAGAUUCUCCUGCUUCUUCCCUUCCCUGCCAUUCUGAGGAAAGAAGAGCUGCCUUGUGUAAGGAGCCAAUAAUUCAAAAGGAAACAAGGACAAUCCACAACAGUAAUGAAGCACUUCUGUAAUGCCAGGUGCACGUUCCCAGCCAGAUGCAAGCCUCUAUUAUCUUGCCCUCUUGACCAAAUAUUUCCCAUAAACUUCAUUAUCUUAAGGUAGUAAAAACACACACAAAAAAGCCACUACAGUCUUAAUUAGCACCUGGAUUAGUCUUCUGAAUUAAUUUAAAGUUGACAUUAAUAAUGAAGAAAAGGAAACCUGUAUUAACUCUUUGGGUUACACCCCAGUGUAGUAAUUUCAGCAAAAGGUUCACAUUAUGAAAUUGUGUGCCUGGGAUUGUUUCUGUUUGGAUUAGUUUAAGGAAGUGCUCCAAGGUACUUAAAGAAAAUAAUGUGAAGGUAGGACAGAAGCAAGAUCCCUCGGGAAAGAUACUGCAAACAUAUUAAUGUUUCAUUUAUUGUGUUCCAAAUGAAUAACAAUUUCGUGAUAUUCAUUUGAACACUCUUUAGUUGUGAAAAAAACCGAACAACUAAGACUUAAUAUAAGCUAGAUAAGAUAGCAUCUAUGUUCAUGUUUCCUAAGGAUUUUUUCUUUAAAUCAGUCGUGCUCUGCUAAUGUUCACUUAGAUAGUUCUGUAGUGCCAAGUUAUUUAAUAAAUAUAAAAAAAAAUGAGAGAGAAUAUAGCCUCAGUUAAUUUUCCAGCAGUUGGCACGCUUAUGUUCCUAAUAAAUUCCAAGUGUGCACCGUUUUCUUAUGGCCAUAGAAAAUUUGCCUCCAGAUGUUGCAAACAGAUGUCGAAAGACCAGGUUGCAUAGGGGGCUUUGAACAACCUGGUGUAGUGGGAGGUGUCCCUGCUUAUGGCAGUCGGGUUGCAACUGGAUGGGCUUUAAGAUCCAUUCCAACCCAAACCAUUCUCUAAUACUAUGCUUCUGUGUGAUAGUUUUUGACGCGAACAGUGAAACUUCCCACUCUUUUAAAGUUCGGUUGUGUUUUGUCCACUAGAGGUCAGUGCUCGCUCACUUUGCUCUUCCAUCCUUGGCUGCUGUGUAUAUUUGGGUUUUCAAACAGAAUUUUGUAAAGCACUGAGGAGCACUUUUGCCUGUGUCAUCAUCUGCCAUGUUAUUCCGAUAUAGGUGCUUGAAGAGCGAUCUGUUUUUCAUUUUGUCGGGCUGUGAUUCAGAACUGACAAAAUUGAAAGUUUCCUUGUCCUCUGCUAGAAUAGAUAUUUUAAAAGCUUUUAUUUUACUUUUGAAUGGCACUUGUUAGAGAAAGACUUGGUACUGAGUAUGUUGCCUUCCGACUAUAACUAAAUACUAAAAAUAUUUCCUCCAAUUCUCCUACUUUAUUAGAAAUAUUAUCUGCCUUCUGCUGUAGUACCACAGUUUCAAUUCAGAAUAAAGGUCCAGUUACCUCUUAAAAAUCUCACCAUGAUUUUCAUCAUUCUUGGUUUCUGUAAAUUCACUGUGGUGAUGUUCACAGCUGGGGUCAGACUGGAUGUUCAAGAUCCAGGAGGAACAACGCUCUGCAAGCUUAAAGCUAC